AUGAAAAUUGAAGAGAUCUUCGAUGAUGAAACGACAACCAAACCCCAGCUAAAACCCGGGCACACCACAGCACAGGUCAGAUCGGACAAGGACAUUGAAAUGGAGAUAGACGACGAUAUCCAGAAGAAGGUGCAGAACCUGAAGGUGGAAGAUCUGGAGGAUCUAGAGAAGACAGCGGUGCCCACGGCAAAGGAAUCGAUGGCGCUAGAUGCUGUGUUGAAGGACGCAGAAAACCUGGCCGAAAUCGGUGUUGUGGACAACAAGAUCAACGUUACAGCAAUCUGCCAGUACCAGUUCGGUCCCGAGGUGGAUCCCGACAUCAAACGGUACUAUUUGACAUCUGCCAAGGGGGACGAAGAUUCGGAGGAGGGUAAUUGCCACAAGAAGCGCAAGUCUGUGCCCGACUUCCGUCCAUCUGCUGUGACUAUCUUGUUAUCAGUACUAAACCUGAUCCAGAUGAGAGCCAAUGCUACAGUCCACAACAAGGACAUUAUUUCCAUCAGUUUGAACGACAUGAAAACGGUGCACAAGAUUCUGAACAUGGUGGUUGUUGAGGGUCUAUAUGGAGGUCUGGACCCUUCUCUACGGUCUGACUUGGAGAAACGAACACGAUUACGUCCUUCUACGACAGAGCAAGACCCGAUCUUGGCAGAAAUCACAUACAAUGGCAUUUCUGAACUCAUCAACGACGGUGGAGAUGUGGGAGGACUUAUUCUAAGAGCAGGGUACUAUGGAGAUGUGUUUUUGUUGGCGUCAACGCUCAAGAGGGCUGACUUUAUGGACAAGAUUGAUACGUACCAGCUGUACAGUAUUCUGACUAGAUUGGCCAAGAACCAUCCGUUGGUCACUUCUACACUGUCGACUCUUCCCAUGCGACCAGAUGGAGUCGCUUCUUUCAUUGACUUUGUGCUUACCUCAGGAGAUAGCAGUAAGAACCUGCUGAUGGAGAAGGUGGUUCAGGUGCUGACGGCUGUUCCAAAGGGUGUUCCUCCCCGAGACUUCUUCCAGUCCGUCUUUGGGCAAAUUCGACACAUUUUGACGUUGGCCUCAGAUACGGACUCGUCCAAAUUUGUGGUCGACUUUGUCGCAAAGUUGUACGACAUGCCCAAGUUCCACAAAAUCGUGCAGUUUGAGAUCAACAACCAUGUUCUCAAUGUGUUUAGACCAUCGCGGGAAAAGAUUGAUUCUGUGGAACUCAACCACGUGGUUAUUUCUUCCAAACAGCUCGAGCAGGCUCUCGUUACUCUCUACAACCUCCUUCGAGUGGAACAACCCACGACAGACAUCAUGGACAAGAUCAGCACCAACCUGUGGUACUAUGCAUACUCGGAACACAAACAGAAGUUGCAACCGCGAAUGUACCGUUUCCUUGCCGAGUAUAUCAGCAAGCAGCGACUUGUGACUGUCGAUAACACUCUCAGACAGAUCUACAACAACCUCGGACAGACAGGAAUCUACCAGACAGACUUUCACGCAGACGGGGACGGUCGAUUGGAGCUCCGGCGAGUCUCAGAGGCUUCUACUUCACCCAUGUCUAUUCUGUCGGAGGUUGAUGAUCGGGUGAGUUUGUUUGUGCGCCUUCUAGGAGAGGCAAAAAACCCUCAGGUGGUGUCUAACAUGUUCACUGAGACUCUGGUGAGAUACCUGGAGCAUUCUCAGACUGAUGAUGGAGAUCCUAUUGGCCAGCUGAUCAAUGCGAAGCUCAUGGAGGGUUUGAUGAUGGGUCACAAGGGUCUGAUUGCCAAGAGUCCUGAAAAGAUUGUCGAGCUAGUCAUCAAGCUGCUAGAGGGGUACGAGAAACAGAAGGCUCCAGUCUAUGAUGAUUCAGACGACGAUAUGGCAGAUUCGGAUGAUGAGAUGGAGGGAGAGGAAAGCAUGGUCAAGUCGUCUCUUGACAUUCUUUCGGCUUUAGCUCUGGAAGAUGCAAACGUCUCGGACGCCAUUCCUGUGGUGGAACAGCUCAUGAAGCGAGAUCCUUCGUUACAGCAGACUUGCCAAACAUUCCUGGACUCUGUUAAACAGUCUCAUAUCUCUGAGUUCUCCAUGAAACAGGUUAUGGAUAUGCUUGACGAUUCUAUGAUCCCUAUCAGAGCGCAGGGUCUGCAGAAACUCAUCUGGGCCAUCAAGAGCAAUCACGUAACUCUUGCACAAGUGAUGCCUAUUCUUUUGAAAAACUUGGCUGAUGAUGACUCGUAUAUAUACCUGAACUGUGUUAAGAUGGUUGAGAUUUGCAUUGAAAGGUAUCCUGAUGGAUUGGAGACCUUUGCCGGCAUUUACACGGACAAGAAGAUGGCUGAAGGAGUGCGUCUCAAGCUGGGAGAAGGAUUGGCCAAGGCUAUUGAGCGUCUGGCUGCUGACCGUCGAUACGUCAACAUUCUGGCUCCCAAACUGUUCCAGAUUAUUCGACCCGAUAACCAGUACGAGAACGAAGUGCGCAUUUCUGCUCUGUCUCUAAUCUCGAUUCUGUGCGAACGAAACGAGGGUCUCUACACCUCUGAAGGUGAUGCUUUUGACGUCGCUCUGGGUGUGCUUACACAUGAGCAUGGCGAUAUUGACGUCAGAAGAGCUGCAGCUAGACUGUUGGUUACACUCACAAUGUAUAUGAACGGUAAUCAUUGGGAUCAGAUCAAAACCCAGGCUCAACACGUGUAUGACAAUGAUGCCGACGAUGUUGUUAAGGGUUACUGCAAGGAGAUUCUGGAGUACAUUUCCCAUGCCACUGCGAGUUGA